UCUCUCCUCUCUCUCACACAUCAAGUCAUCAAGCUUCCAUCAACUGUAAGCAGUGUGACCACCACAGUCCACACUUGUGAACUCUGUCUUUCUCUCUCCUCAAACCCAACACAUUUCUGCUUCAGACUGAGAAUGAACUUACAAUAAAAGAUUCCAUAAACAACAACAUCUCUCUUUCUUUUCCCCCUGUUUUUGCAGACCGCACAACAGUCCUCUUCAUCUCUAUUCUUCUUCCGAUCAUUUCUUUUUUCAUUUACUCUAUUUUUUUAGGGUUUUACGCAUCAAUCCAAUUUCAUUUUCAUUCUUUCCCACAUCACACUGUGUUAGUUAAACCCAGGUCACCUCUUUUUAUCUCACUCUCCCUCCCCCCUUUUCAUGAACCCUUGUUCUUUGAUUUACAGAUUCUGCAUAGCUUCAAGAUUCCUUUUCAAUGUGAUGUCGAUUUAAGCUUCGUUUUUCUGACAAUCUCACUUCCAGUAGAGAGAGAAAAUCUGGGUUAGAGAGAGAAAGCUCCUUUGUUAUUAUUCUUCACUCAUUACUCACCUUUUUCAAGAAUCUCCUUUUUUUUUGGGUUUACAUUUAUUGCUAAGUAAAGUUACAUUUUCUACACAAAAAAUGAAGAUUGGGAUUUUCAGGAUAUGCGACCUUCAAUUAGGGUUUAUCAGUUCCCCCUCUUUGUAAUUGUUAUUAUUAAUUUGAAGAUUAUAUUGUGGAAAGCUAUAUUAAAAAAUGAGUGAUUUGUCAGCAAGAACAUCAUCAGCUUUGGCGAUAACAGAGAAAAAGCCACACAUUCAAAGAGCAGGUGGUUGUGUUGGAAUUUUUUUCCAGCUUUUUGAUUGGAAUCGAAGGUUUGCGAAGAACAAAUUCUUCCCUAAGAAGCUUCUUCCUCCUGUUCGGACGAAAGUUUCUAAGAAAUUCAAUGCAGAGGAGAAAUUGCCUGUGACUAAGCAUUUAUUGAUUGGUGAUGAGAAUAAUUCCGGUGGGUUUUCAAGUAAAUUGAAGAAAAAUGGGAGUUGUGAGCCCAAAAAACAUGAAAUGCAAGCUCCAGGGUUGGUAGCUAGGUUAAUGGGUUUGGAAGCCAUGCCGCGUUCUGUGGCAGAAGAUUAUAAUUCUAACAAGAACUCGACUAACCAUGACUGUAAUAAGGUUAAAGGAGAGAAAUUUGGUAGUGGGUUUAAUAAUGGAUUGGCGAAGGAGGAGUUGAGUUUGAGUCCGGAGAAAGGGAAUGCUGUAAGACCACAGAAGAUUCAGAAGACGGGGUUUUUGGAUAGGAAACAAGUUACUAGGUUUGGAGCUGAGGCUUUGCAGAUUAAGAAUGUUUUGUCGAGGUCCAGGAAGCAGCAUCAUCAUCACCACCACCACCACCACCCAAAGCUUGCUUCCCCAGUUAAGAGUCCCAAAAUGGGUCGAAAUACGUCUAGGUUGAUUGAUGUUGCUGCUAGGAUCUUGGAACCUGGGAUACAGGCAUCUAACCGGGCUAGGUGUAGUCUAACUUAUUCAAACUCAGCAACUGAGAAGCCGUGGAAGGAGGAGGUGAUGAAUAAGGUGAGAGAAGAUGCUGAUUUAGAAACUGAGUUUUUGAAUGCCCAGGCUGCUUGUCGAAGUUGUGGCAACAAUUUGGAUGUUGAUUCUAGGGAUGUUGAUUUUCCUGCCUCUAGUUUUAGGGAGGUAUUUUUUCAUGGAUUAGAAUUAGAAGAAAGUCGGCCAAGACCAGCUGUAUACUUGGAGAAUGAAAAUGAUGUGGUUCUAUUGAGAACCAGGUAUCCAUCUGAAUGUGUAACCACUCAGACAGAGGAUAAUAGAUCACCUGUUAAAACUGAAAUCAGGAAUGAAGUUCACCAGACACAAUGUCAUGAACAGAUCCCAGUCAGCAGGAUGUUUACGUCUCAAAAGGAUGCGUUCUCGUCUAUAAAUUUUAAGCAUAGGCCCCAAAGGCAUGGCGAGAUGUUGCAUGGAGAUAGAGCUCUUCCACCAAAGUCUAAAAUGACAAGUACACAGGGCAGAAGAGUUUCAUCAGCUGUCAAUACGGUUAAUGAAACAAAGGAUUUUAUUGCCCUCAACAGAAAUGUGAGCAGGAACCGGCUAAGAGUACCUAGCAAAUCUGAUAGCAGCAUUGAUGCAGAUAGAAGAUUUUGCACAGGAAAAAAUGAUUCCCUAACAACACAAAGAAGUCCAGUUAGGAAAAGGAGGACUCUGAAUGCUAAUAAGCAAGUUGACAAUGCAUCUACUGCAAAUUCAUCAUUCGAAAAGCAGAGAACUAAUAAGGUCAAUAUUGUAACGGGAAAUGGGGCAAGAAUUCGUUCCACCCCUGCGAGUCAAACUUGUCUCAGAAGCAGGCCUGCCAGUCAAAGAGGUAAUAAAAAUACUGAUGUUGUUUCUUUCACCUUUAGCUCCCCAGUAAAGUCAACCCUACGGGCUUCUGAUGAAAAGGGUGCAAAAAGAAGGGAUCCGGUUCGUAUCACCAAUGAGAAUUUACAGCAUAAGUUGACAACGGAAGAAAAUGGUGUGAGAAAAUCUUCCCAAAACUACUUGCGGAUGAAUGGAGAUGCUCUAGGUGCCCUGUUGGAACAAAAGUUGAAGGAGCUUUCACUCCAGGCAGAAAAUGAAGCAGCCACAGGUUUCAUACCGUCUGCAAGAACUACUGCUUCAAUUCUUCAGGAACUAAUAUCUGCCUUGACAGUUGAGAAGCCAGUUUCAUGUGAAGAUGGAUCUCAGGGAACUGGUUCAAUAGAUUCUCAGUGUGAAAGCGAAGUUGCUGAUAGUGCUUCUCAGUCUGGUCAGGCCAAGUUGAGUAACAAAAGAUCUUCGAACGGAUUUUCUUGUACAGUUGACCAUUAUAGCCCAGGAUGUGUUCUCGAUGCUUCAUUUUCAAACGAUAGCUGCAUUUCAAGCAGCAUUGAUGAUAAUUCAGUCAAACCAGUGGCCUCUACUGAUGUUGAUAUUGUGGAUUCUGCAUCCUCAACAAACUGGCCUCGUGGCCGCGCUGUUAUGUUGGUCACUGAUCUUGUAAACCACACCUCAGCUGUACUACAGAAUGUCAAUUGUGUUCAUUCAAGAUUGACUGCAACCAAGCUUGACUAUUUCCAGGAGAUUGUUUUAAAUGCUGAACUCUUGUUUAGCAAUGCUGCUGUACAGAGUUCAUCUAGAAUUCUGGAUUUCCUUGUAGGCCCGUUUCUAGAUGAGCUAGAAACCCUUGUGAUUGCAGCAUGGAAGAAUACCAUCAUUCUUGGUAUUGAGGUGAGAAAAGAAGAUAAUCCACUAAGGAGAUUUCUGUUCGACUGUCUAGUAGAGUGCCUCGAUGUAAAGUACACUCGUUACUCUGAUUCUGGGUUCAGGGCAUGGAGCAGGCUACCAAAGAGUAUUGACGCAGAGGUUUUGAUAAAAUCUUUUGAUGAAGAAGUUAGGAAGUGGAUUAGUUUUGCUGGGAACGCGACAGACACUAUAAUAGAAAGGGAAAUGAGUACUUCAUUGGGUAAAUGGACAGACUUUGAGAUUGAAACAUUUGAAACCGGUGCCCAGAUCAGUCAGGACAUAGUUCACAACUUGGUUGAUGAAAUCGUUAUAGACCUUUGCCGGUCUGACAUAAGUGUUUACUGAUCUUACUCCUAAUGCAGCUGAACUUUUGCUGGUUGUGUAAUAACCGAUAACUACCGGUCAACCCCGUGUAGAAAAUUUUGUACAAAUGAAAUUGGUACAUUGGAGGGUUACUGGGUAACUUAAUUUUCACAUAGGUAUGAUAAUGUGUAGACUGCUGUAGUAAAAUGUAAUUUUUUUGUUGGAAGGUUUAGUUGUAUUAAUUGUACUUGGAUCAUUGUAACUCCCUAAGAUCAUUAAUCAGCAGUUCUUGAAUGAAUUCCAGAGUUUAUAGAUUGCAAA